AGGCUUUUUUUUGCUAGACAGAGGGAGUGUGUGUGUGCUUUUAUUUUUACUUUUUUUAUUCUAAAACAACAAGCAGCAGAGACCCAGCUGUGACAUGCAGGCCAUAAAGUGUGUGGUUGUAGGAGACGGGGCAGUUGGUAAAACAUGCCUUUUGAUCAGCUACACCACCAACGCCUUCCCCGGAGAGUACAUCCCCACAGUGUUUGAUAACUAUUCUGCGAAUGUGAUGGUAGAUGGGAAGCCAGUGAAUCUGGGGCUGUGGGACACAGCAGGACAGGAGGACUAUGACAGACUCAGGCCUCUGUCCUACCCUCAAACGGUACCACGCCGAGAGCAAACUCAGUGCAGAGAUGUGUUUUUAAUCUGCUUCUCACUGGUGAGCCCUGCUUCGUUCGAGAACGUCCGCGCCAAAUGGUACCCAGAGGUCCGGCAUCACUGCCCGAACACCCCAAUCAUUCUCGUUGGAACCAAGAUUGACUUAAGAGAAGACAAGGACACUGUUGAGAAGCUGAAAGAAAAGAAACUGACUCCCAUUACUUACCCACAAGGCCUUGCUAUGGCUAAAGAAAUAGGUGCCGUGAAAUAUCUGGAAUGUUCAGCCUUGACUCAGCGUGGCCUUAAGACAGUGUUCGAUGAAGCCAUCCGUGCAGUCUUGUGUCCACCACCAGUUCCAAAACCAAAGCCAAGAUGCCUUCUCCUCUAAAGAGGUUGUGUAUAAAGAACCGUCUAUAGCCUGCACUCGCCUAAGGAGAGGUGCUGGAAGGGAAAAUGUGUUAAACCAAAGAGGGAAGACUCUAUAAACCAUAUCCCCACACAUCCAUACAUCUCUCUUACUUUUGUAUUGUAAUUAGAAUUAGAUUGAUUUACUUCUCUGAGUCUGUUUUAGGAUCCUAGAGUUAAUCUCAAGGAGAUGGGGAAGCUUUUCCUCGUUAUGUUUAAAGAAAUUCCUGCUGCCUUUUUAAGAAUGUUUUUCAUGUUUGUUUCAGUGAACCAAACAAUCCUUUUUUUCUUCCAACCAUGAGAGCCUUAUAUGUUUUGUUUAUAUGGGGCAAUGGUGCCCAUGAAAGUUGCCAAAAAUCCAAAUCUAUGUAUAUAGCUUCAAUUUAUAAUUUUAACACUAAUUUACAUUUAAGUAUUUGGCAGAGCAACUCUCAUUUGAUCUCAUAAUUUUCAUCUGAGCAAGUGCCUUGCUCACGCAACUUGGUGGUGCUGGGGAUUGAACCUAGGACCUUCCAAUCAACAGUCCAAUGCCAAUCACUGUGUUUUAAAACAAAAAGUCCAACCCAUCGACUUGUUGAAGCUAGUCCGCAAUUCAGCAGGUGCUGAGCGGUUAAACAAGAUAUAUUAGAUAUAUUUAUAAUUGAUCCCUGAGGGAAAAUUUGGAAAUCACAUGCUUAACUAUAAUAUUUUACUCGUUAUUUAGAAGCAUAUUGGGGUUUGCCGAUUGGUAUACAUAAAUGUUACACUAGCAAAACAUGUUUUCACUGGCUCAUCAUGACCUGAGCAAUGUAAUUAGUUUCUUUGAUUAAUAAUUAAUGCAGUACUGUAAAAAACAUUAAUUUGUUUAGCAAGAAUAUUGGAUUAUUUAAAAAGCAUAAUGAAAAUUGGUAUACAGAGAGAAGUGGAUCUUGAAUCAGUAAGUUUAGAGAACCAUAAAUCAAUAACGAGCCGGGAACCAUUCCCAAUAGAGGUUUUAUUAUUUUAUUAUUUUUAUUUUUUUUUAAUAAGAUUUCAUUGUAAGAUUUCAGUCAUGUUAGAUUUUUUUGUGCUUUAACUGUAUUUCUACUAUACUUAUAUAUUAACACUAUUAUCUAGAUAUAAAUCAGUAUCCUCAAGCUUCAGUGACUUCAUAGUGUUUUAAUCAGUUCCAUUGAAAACAGUCUUUUAAACAAGUUUACUUUGUCCUCUCGUGUUCCGUUUGAGAAAUUAGAGUUGUUCUCUGCACCCGGUGGCACUUUAUGUCACAUACUUUACUGGCUGUGUUUCCACUUGUCAAACACAAGCUUAGCAGCAACCGCAUCUUGUAUCCCCAUUUCUGCAUUGCAAAAGAAAUACCAUACAUACUUAAUCCAUUUCGGUUUCACCUAGCAGCAGCUGCUUGUUUAUUCCAGCAUUUGACUCAUACAUUAGCAGCAACAGAUCUUACCACAUAUACUUCAAUACGCAUAAUUUAUAAUGGAGACCUAAAACCGGAUCUAGCUUUAAAUGGAUAAGCUUUAAAUAUGGCCUAAAAUUCCCUUUGUCUAAAGGAAAACAAAUAUACAGCUGUCUAUCAAAAAGCAAACAUUAGUGACACUUAGUGGUUCAUAUUUUCUUAUCAGCUGGAAUUCUGUCUGCUUGUGAGAAACUGUCUGAUUUCUUCCUGCCCUAAUGGAAAAUAUUUACCCAGUGACCUAAACACUGUCGUUUUGUUGCGCAAGGCUGGUGGAGUUUAAUUUAAAACUUCUCAAAGUUCAGCAAACACUUGUGCCUGCAGGAACAGAGAAUUAGAUUCUGAUUAACCCUUGAAGUAAUGCAUGAUUUUUAUUUUAUUUUUUUUAAAUGUGUGUAUGUGCUCUAAACAAACAGGAGUUUGUGCUUCAGUGUUCAAUCAUGAGUGUUGGUGAUAGUGCUUAUUACAGCCAUCACUGCUGUAAUUUGUAUUUAUGAUAAAUAAAUGUAUGAUAAAUAA